CGCCGCGUGUUGCCGCCAGCCGCCUCCGCGAGGCAUGCGACUUAGCGUCGCAAAAUCUCUUCUUCAAUCAUCAUUACAAAACCGCGCGCCCUUGUGCCGACGGCAUGUUGGGCGCGCGGCUCAAAUCAUGGAUGGAGGCUCAGCUGGGGCGGGCGAAGAAACGUAAACAGAAGCAAAGCAAGCCGGCCCCGGCCACGACAACGCCUGGGCCUGUGCAAGCGCCUCACUUAUCGUCGCCGGAGAGCGCGUAUAGCACUGGUUAUUCCACUGAUGGCACAUCCCCGGGAGCGCCGCCGGCCACGCUCGCCGCUCCACUCGUGUCCCCGCCGCCGCCGCCUGCGCCACCCACCACGCACCUUUAUCAUGAACCCGCGAAGAGGCGGUCGAUCCCAGUGGUGCGUUGCGCGGAGCCUGUGCUGUGCGCGACACCUUCACCUCGGCCACGUUGUCGGAUCCGCACCAACCCAUGGCUGGGCGCCGCAACCCCACCCACCGCGCGUCGCCGCACGCCCCUCUUCCCCCAGCAGUCUCUUCAAUGCCCGCAACCAACACCUCAACUGUUACACGCUCAAUACUCACUAGAUACACAAGCGAUAUACGGAACAAGAUCCCCGCAUUUAUCGCCACAUCUAUCGCCGGAACGUUACCGAUCGCCGUACUAUCGUGGCGGAGUCUCCAGUGACGAGGAGUGUCGGGACGCCAGAACUCGUGGGAGAGAGACAGCAAUACUGUCAGACGCUGACGCCGACUCCGAUGGCGAUACUGGUCUGGACGGUGGCGACGAAGACGACACAGACUGUGACGUCACGCCCGGCAGACGACGUGCUAGACGGAGGAGACCGCCGCGUAGACCGCCACGUUCAGCAGGCGCAACGCCACCUCGCACUCGACGCCGGAACCCCGCCCCUCCGGCGCCACCGGUGCGGGAGCGGGAUCCUCUGAUGGAAGCUGACAGAGAAGCUGAGAGGAAGUAUCGAGAGCUUAUACGUGAGGCGGAUAAACUACUGGUUACCGUCUCUCGAGCUCCACUCGAACCGCCGCACAAUCCACGCAUCAGAGAGCUGAGAGCUACUGAGUCGGAGGCGCCGCGGCGCAGCCCGGAGCGCACGCACGUCACUAAUUUCAUCCGCGCCAACUCCCCGGAGGCAGCC